ACAAAUAUCCUAUAUACAUUAUUAUACAAUAUCGUUAUAGUAUUUUUUGCCCCACCCUUGUUUUUCGUAUCGCAAUGCUGCACACCUUGAUUUCAUGUAUUACGUACCUUUUCACCUCACGGAUAUGAGAUAGGUCAUAUCACGAUAGUGAAAAUGAGUUCACAAGAUGCAACUGAUCAUAUAUCAGUAGUUAAUUCAUCUAAUAUAUCUUCAAGAACAAAAAAUUGGGUCCAAUUUGAAGAUGAAGCAUCUAUUAAAAAUAAUGAUAGUAUAGAAGAAAAAACUAAAACAAAUACACCAGCUGUAAUAAAACCAGAAUCAAUAACAGUGAAUGUUGAAAAAAUUGGAAAAUCUGUUGAUAAUUCAGAUAAUCAACAAAUAAAAAAUCAUGAAUAUAAAGGUGCUGUGAUAUCAACUGAAUCCGUCCAAAUUAAUUUAGAUAGGUCAGGUUUAAGUCGUUCUAUUACAUCUGAAAGUCCAGAACUUAAUUUACCAUCUGAAAUAAGAGUUUCUGAUCCUAAAAGUGCUUCUUUGAAGACUAUUGAUCUCCGAGAUAUAUCCAAUGGCAGAAGUGCUACUAAUAAUAUUAUAAGUACAUCUAUUGGAAAUAUUAGACAAGGUUUUGCCAAUGGAGAUACUAUAGUUACUCUUUUACCAAUCAAUACUAGAUGGCCAUGGAUUACUCCAGCUAAAUUUCGUCCAGAAUUAGUACCAGAAGAAUUAAUGGCUCAAGGUUUAACGCUUACAGUAGAAGAUUACGUACAUAUAAUGGAGUUGCUUGUGAAUGAUGUACGUUUUAAUAUGUAUAAUGUAUGUUACAAAAGGAUUCUUGUUCUUUGGAUAUUUACUGCAUUUAUUGUAUUGCUUGGCUUAUUAUUUUCUGGAGUUACUGGUCUUACUUUAUUUGGGCUUGGCGUUAUGUGGUUAGUCCUCAAUGCUGCUGCAAUAUUUUUUUGCAUGUUCAUCAAGAUAAAAUUGAAUCAUAAUCUUGAAAAAUGUAUGGGGCAAGUGAACAAGCAUUUACUUCGACAUAAAAUAUUGCUUGGAUUGGAUGAUAGAGGAAAGAUUUCAUGUCACAAAGUUAAUCUUUGUUUCAUAUACUUUGAUACUACAGAUUGCAUUAAAAAAUUACAAGAAGUUAUAGAACGAGAAGAACGCGAAGGAAGAAUAAUAGGAGAAGAUGGAAAUUCUGAAAUGCGUCGAAAAAGGGAGUUACAACAGCGAAUGGAUAUAGAUGAUAGUGAUAUUGUAAUACAAGGCAAUACAACUACUAGAAUUUCUCGCAAACAGGGUAAAAGCGAACAAGUAUUCUGCCGCUAUGUACAACGUUGGGCAAAGGAUUAUUUACGUCGACGAUUGGAUUGGACAGUAGAUGAGGAAGGUGGAAAUCCUUCUUCACCUCGUCAUUUAGCAUCAGCUUUAUGAACGGGCGGAGUUGCUGUUGCUGAGGUAUGCAUCUCGAUGGGCACAUCACUUUGUGCGCCGCAGACUUGAUCUGGUUAUAGACUCACAGGAACGUAAUAGAGACAUCGCGGGUUUAUCUGUUCCACCACGUCAUUGUGUCUCCGCCCGUUGUCCUUGUCAAUUCAUUGAGGACCAUCUUAAGUACAAGCCUAGAGGCAAGUUAAUAUUUCGUACCUUUUUUUUGAUGCCGAAUUUUGGUAGUAAA